CCGCCGGCAGGAUGAUGUGCGGCGCGCCCACCGCCGCGCGGCCCGCCACGGCCGAGACCCAGGCCAUCGCCGACCAGGUGAAGGCCCAGCUGGAAGAGAAGGAGAACAAGACGUUCCCCAUGUUCAAGGCCGUGGAGUUCAAGAGCCAGCUGGUCGCCGGGAGGAACUUCUUCAUCAAGGUCCAAGUGGGCGAGGAAGACUUCAUGCACCUUCGGGUCUUUCAGAGCCUCCCCCACGAAAACAAGCCCCUGUCCCUGUCCAGCUACCAGACCCGCAAGACCCGGCAGGAUGAGCUGUCCUACUUCUAGCCCCCCCCGCCACGUUCCCAUGCUCUGCCCGCUGCAAGGCCGUCCUGGUCACAGUUCCUUUUGGGCUUCCCUCCCCCUCAGUGAGCUCCAGAAUACAGUAGUUUCUUAACUCUUUACAAACUUGUUUU